CUUUUACAAUGCUGUUGUUUACACCCCCCCUUUUUUUUCUACCCAGGAUUGAUGGCUAGUACCUAAAAUUCAAGCGCUUGGCAGGUAGAGGCAGAAGGAUCUGGAGUCCAAGGACAUUUUCAGCUAUAUGAAAGAAAAACUGAAAACCCAACAUCACUUUUUGGAAUCUGAGAAUGCUACUAGUAAACCACACUUAAUAUUUGCCGUUUAGAGCCUGCUAAUCUCAGAAUUACCCUACAAUACACAGAGGCUGUAUCUACAUUGGGCAUCCUGCCAGGGAUGACCAUGACUCAACUGGGCUUCCUGCUGUUUCUCAUUGUGGCCACCAGAGGCUGCACUGCAGCUCAAGAGAACCUGGAUACCAACAGAUGGGCCAAUCCUGUGUCUUCCUCUCUGUUCAGAAGCUGCAAGGAAAUCAAACAGGAGAUGACUGGGGCACAAGAUGGUCUCUAUUUCCUCCGCACGAAGAAUGGUGUCAUCUACCAGACCUUCUGUGACAUGACCACUGCAGGUGGUGGCUGGACCCUGGUGGCCAGUGUGCAUGAGAACAACAUGUAUGGGAAGUGCACAGUGGGCGAUCGCUGGUCCAGUCAGCAAGGCAACAGAGCAGACAGCCCAGAGGGGGAUGGCAACUGGGCCAACUACAACACCUUUGGGUCUGCAGAGGGGGCCACAAGUGAUGACUACAAGAACCCUGGCUACUACGACAUCCAGGCUGAGAACCUGGGGAUCUGGCAUGUGCCCAACAAUAGCCCCCUGCAAAAUUGGAGGAACAGCUCCCUGCUGAGGUACCGCACCUUCAGUGGCUUCCUGCAGCACCUGGGCCAUAAUCUGUUUGGCCUGUACCAGAGAUACCCAGUGAAAUAUGGAGGAGGGAAGUGUUGGACUGACAAUGGCCCAGCAUUACCUGUGGUCUAUGACUUUGGUGAUGCUCAGAAGACAGCCUCUUAUUACUCCCCUUAUGGCCAGAAGGAAUUCACUGCAGGAUUUGUUCAGUUUAGAGUGUUCAAUAAUGAGAGAGCAGCCAAUGCCUUGUGUGCUGGCAUGAAGGUCACUGGAUGUAAUACUGAAAUUCACUGCAUCGGUGGAGGGGGAUUCUUUCCAGAAGGGAACCCUCGGCAGUGUGGUGACUUCUCGGCAUUUGAUUGGAAUGGAUACGGAACUCACGUUGCGUACAGCAGUAGCCGGGAGAUAACUGAAGCUGCUGUGCUUCUCUUCUACCGUUGAGAACUUUGUGGUGUGGGACCCAGACUCCUCCAAUCUGUAGGCUCACAUGCACGGAGAAAAUCUUACCGAGUUACUAGAAUGCCAAUGACACAGGAAAGGAAAAUAAAUCAUGUUCAUUGCAGGC